CUACUCGCCCCUUGAAAUAGGAAACGACACACACUCGUCUUGAAAGCAACUUCCUUUAGCCCCCACAUUUAGUAAAAAGCCUGAUAGGAAAUUAAUUAAACUUGCCAAUCUCCUUUAUUUUCUUCUCUAUCCCUUUGGUCUUCUCAUUUACAAAAGGCAGUCAAAACGGGUCUACCUCUGUGGAUGCUUGGUCUCGGCGUUGAACGCUUGCGAGCUGAUAUGAAUCGCUUGCUCGCGUUACUCUUUCACCAGGGAGUAUUGGACGAGCAAUAUUUGCAGCUGCAACAGCUUCAAGAUGAAUCCUCUCCUAAUUUCGUCUCUGAAGUUGUCAACAUCUACUUCCAAGAAUCCGAAAAGCUCUUACGAAAUCUCAGAUGCUGCUUGAUGGACAGGGAGUUCUCGGACUACAAGAAAAUGGGAGUGCAUUUGAACCAGUUCAUAGGAAGUAGCUCAAGCAUUGGUGCCAAACGCGUUAGGAAUGUUUGUGUGGCCUUUCGCGUUGCUUCCGAGCAGAAUAACAGACUAGGAUGUUUGAGAGCUUUAGAGUUGCUUGAGCAUGAAUACUGUUAUCUCAAGAACAAACUUCAUGAACUUUUCCAGAUAGAGCAGCAAAGACUUUUAGCAGCUGCAGUCAGGUACCCAGUUCAGCACUAAAAUAAAGUGCUUAUCAGCAGCAUGAAACAAAAGUGGAAGAAUAUGAGAUAGCGAAAAUUAGACUUUCUUUUUUGGUGUGGUUUCUAAUUUAUGAAAUAUGGAGGGGAAUGAAUGUAGCAUAGGACUAAUGUUUUAGUAGUUUGAAUGAAGUGUUCAAAUCGUGAUAUUCUGGAAUUUGUUUGGAGAUUCCGCUUCAACAACUCUUUUGAGUACU